CCCUCGAAAGCAGUUCUCAUUUUCCUUCCAACCAAACACUCUUUCAUCAGUUUCAAACAUGUCAACAAAUUUCAUAAGUAGCAAAGUUGCCACUGUGACCUCCAAGGUCCCGGCUAUGGUCAGGGCUCCCGCCACUUCCAAAAGGGCUUACAUUACGUUCUUGGCAGGGAACGGUGACUAUGUGAAGGGUGUGGUCGGGUUAGCCAAGGGGCUGAGGAAAGUUAAGAGCAAGUACCCACUCGUCGUUGCGGUCUUGCCGGACGUGCCGGAAGAUCACAGGAAGAUCCUGCUGGAUCAGGGUUGCAUAGUCAUGGAGAUUGAACCCGUGUAUCCACCUGAGACCCAGACCCAGUUCGCCAUGGCCUACUACGUCAUCAACUAUUCCAAGCUACGUAUCUGGAAGUUCGUGGAGUAUUCGAAGAUGAUCUAUUUGGACGGAGACAUUCAGGUUUUCGAUAACAUAGAUCACUUGUUCGACAUGGGGGAUGGAUACUUUUAUGCUGUGAUGGAUUGUUUCUGUGAGAAAACAUGGAGCCAUACCCCACAGUACAAGAUUGGGUAUUGCCAACAGUAUCCUAACAAGGUGCAGUGGCCUGAUCAUUUGGGUCCUAAACCACCACUUUACUUCAACGCGGGAAUGUUUGUUUUUGAACCCAGUCUUACAGUCUAUAAUGACCUUUUGGCUACUCUCCAAGUUACUCCCCCUACACCUUUUGCUGAACAGGAUUAUCUGAACAUGUUCUUUAGGAACAUUUACAGGCCCGUCCCUCCAAUUUACAACCUGGUGAUGGCCAUGCUGUGGCGUCACCCUGAGAAUAUUGAUCCAGAAAAAGCCAAGGUUGUUCACUACUGUGCUGCGGGGUCCAAACCAUGGAGGUUUACUGGAAAGGAAGAGAACAUGGACAGGGAAGAUGUUAAGAAGCUGGUGGCAAAAUGGUGGGACGUUUACAAUGAUAAGUCUCUUGACUACGCAAAUGUUGGUGAAGCCGAUGAUGACGAACGAGUCGCCCUAGAGUUGUUGGCAGCCUUGGCAGAGACUGGAUACGUUCACUAUGUUAAUGCCCCGUCUGCAGCAUAAAGUUUGCGGCCUUCAAUGGCGAUAUAUAUAUAGAGGAGUAUUUCAAAGUGAAAGCAGUUGUAAAUGUGUGUCAUGACAUUUGAGGAAAAAGAACGAAAAAA